AUUGAUUUAUAAAUGAGUAGCGAAUACGCCAAACUUUCUGAAAGACUCUCUGACAUAAGGAAGCAGAUGGAUACAAAGGCCAAAUCAACCUCAGCUAUUACCCCAGUGCAGCCAAGUUAUGGAGGGGCUAGCUUAGAGUCUGAUAGAGACCAGUUGAGAUGGUCAAUCAAUAAUUACAUUUAUAUUAACACUACUAAAAAUUUAGCCAAUCAGAGGAAGAAUGUGCUAGACGAAAAGUUGGGUUUUCCUCAUUAUAUUAAUGUACUUAACUCCUUCCGUAACCCAGACAUCCUAACAGGGGAUACAAAUAAGAUGCUUAAAGGAAACAAGUACAGAGCCACGAUGUUCAAAGGAGAGGAGAAGGAAGAAGAGAAAACAGAGCCUGAAAAGGAAGUCAAAAAGGAAGAUAAUGAACAAGAUGAAGAAGACAAAAAGGAAGCCACAGGACUUCAGAAUAGAUACUACCAAAAAGACUCGAUCAGUCUCAGAUGUAGAAAUUGUCAAGAAAUAGGACAUAUGGCAAGAAAUUGCCCUAACGAGACAAAAUACCCUUGAUGUAAGUUUUGUGGACUCGAACACGGUCCUCAAGAAAACUGAACCUCAAUCAAAUGCUUCAGGUGCAAUAAGUCAGGCCAUAAAAUUUCUGAAUGAAGGGAGAGAAACAUUACCAUGUGAUAUAAAUGCAAAAGCAUUGGUCACAGCGGGGAUAAAUGCUUCAUGACAGCCUAUAACGGAAGGUUAAAGCAGGUGCUUUGCAUGAUAUGCUCCAAGCCUGGACACCUGAAUUGCCAAAAUAUUGAUAGGAAAGAUUACCACAUCACCUUUGAAGAAGAUGAAGUUCAUGAUAGUGAAGAAGAGCAAGAAAUUAUGAAAUCUAAAUCCUCCAUUCUUGAACCAUAUACUUUGAAGGAUCUUUUAGAUGACGAACAAGCUUGGAGAAAUAAGAAGGAGACACAAGGCUCAGAUAGUGAUGAGAGUUACUACAAUUUUGAUGAGAUAGGCACAAACAUGGUGAAUAGUAAACAGAUGAAGAAGAUUCGAAUGCAAUCCUUAGAUCAUAACAAUAAUUCGAAACACAUGAAGAGUUUCUACAAUUUCCCAAUAGAGGAUAAAGAGUGAACAGAAUCUCAAAUAAAAGUGAAAUACUGUGGAAAUUGAGGUAGAAAAGACCACCACUUCGUCGAUUGUAGCUAUGAAGAAAACCCUCUAUACCUUAACUAUCAGAGAAAGACAUUUAGGAGAGAUAAGAUCAAUAAGGAAGAAAUUAAUAGACAGAAGUAUCAUAUGAGAGAAGACAGAAGAUCAAAAAGCCAAGGGAAUGAACUAUUCACAACAUUUGAGGACAAAAUUACCAAGAAUAAGAGCAAAUCCAAGAAAAAGGAAAAGAAAGAUAAAAAAGACAAGAAAGACAAAAAGAGCAAAAAAGAGAAAAGAGAUAAGAAGGACAAGAAUAACAAAAAGUCUAAGAAUAAACAUGAAAAACACUCUAACAAUGUUAAUGACGAACACAAGAAUACCAUUUUUGAGAAAAUAAAGGAGCACCAUGAAAGUAAACCAAAGGUAAACUUUCUUGAGAAGAUGAACUCAAAGAAGAAGAGACAGCAAAAAGAAGAGCAAAAGAAAUUCUCGAGUAGAGACUUUUUAGGGUUCCAAGAAGAUGAUUUCCAACCAAUUGUGAGCACCACACAGGAAAUUUCAUUCAAAGAAAGAGAAGAUUACUCCUCAAUCUCAGACAUAGAGGAUUAUUCAUCACAUUCUGAUAAAUUUGCACAUUCUAAACCUACUCCAACAGAGGUAAUUCUUCUUGAUGAUGAAGAUGAUAUUCCAAGAUACCAAACCGCUAAAAAAUCAGAAAAGUCCAAAAAGGGAAACUACAACAAGAAAAAUAACAAAUUCCAAAGAAAUAAAUUCCAAAAGACAAAAGACUCCCAUGAAGGCUACCAGGGACAGAACAAUAAGAAGAAAAACAAGAGCAAGAAUAAAAAAUCCAACCAAGGAAAUUGGGGAAAUAAAGGAGGAACUUUCGCUCAAAACUGGGCAAAAGAUGCUUGGGAAAUCGAAAGGCCAGGGAAGAAAGGUAGAAAUAAUAAAAAACAUAGAAGGCAGUUUUAGAGUCUAAGACC